GUAGGCCCGCGGUACGCCAUGAGGUGGGAUCUGUGAACGAACGAGACGCGAGUUGUUUUAUUUACACCCGUGUGCUUUGCUGCGGGGCUUAUCUCUCGCGCGGAACGAACGCGAAGCAUACGCACCGCCCCAACCGGCGUGCACCGUUCGUCUUCACGUUGACAGAGUUCUCAUCCCGCGAAGGAAUCGACGCGUUCGCCCCUCCACCGGUCACAUCGAGUCGAUUCUCUCGCCACAUCUCGCACCCAGUGCAUACAAACCACCACGCGAUCGGCCUCGGAUAAAUUCACCUUGUCGAAGAUUGUUUCUUCGAAGAAAGUUUUCACGUAUGCCCCGGGCAACACUUUGUUGUCCUCUCUCGCUUUGUCUCGCGAUCCACGUUCACGCGCCCGAGCCCGAUAACUCGCUGCUGCCCCCCGCUGCUCUCGUCACGACCGAUCGUGACGACCGACGUUUGUUGUUUUUGUGCACGCGACGACCACGACGCUCCUCAAAGUGCGUGCUACCAAGGUGAUCGUGAUACCGCGCAAGACAAUGUGCGUGACAGCCACGCCGCUCAGCGCGAAAAAAAUACUGAAGGAUAGUGCCAGACAUCCGGCAAGGACUAGCAUCGCGACCAACGUACAGGUGCAAGGAUUAACAGGGGGCACGAACAAUGCCGGUGACGCCGACAGGCCGCAGCACACGUCGAUCAUGAUGGUCCGCAUGAUCGGCGAUGAAUUCCUAACGGAAGAAAGGGACCGGAAAUACUACGCCGACCAUUACAGGUGUUGUCCACCGCCUCUCUUCAUCAUCCUCAUCACUCUCGUGGAGCUGGGUUUCUUCACGUAUUACACAGUGGCAAUGGGAGAGGUUAAUCCUUCAGGGCCGGUACCGAUCGACAGCGUUUUCAUUUACAGGCCGGACAAACGUCUAGAGCUCUGGAGGUUUGCGUUUUAUAUGUUCCUUCAUGCUGGGUGGCUUCACCUGCUAUUUAACCUAGGAGUACAGGUGGUCGUGGGACUUCCCCUGGAAAUGGUUCACGGAAGUCUGAGGAUUGCGGCAGUUUACAUGGCUGGAGUUCUUGCCGGUUCCCUGGGUACUUCGGUGUUCGACACAGAUGUGUACCUUGUUGGCGCCAGCGGGGGCGUUUACGCCCUCCUCGCGGCUCAUCUAGCCAACGUCCUCCUCAAUUACAAUAACAUGGAGUUCGGCAUUGUUCGAUUAAUUGGCAUUUUCGUAAUUGCGAGCGCCGACGUGGGAUUCGCGAUCUACGACAGAUACGCGGCCGAGCAGAUGGGCCCGCCGGUCUCGUACGUGGCGCAUUUGACCGGCGCGCUGGCCGGUCUGACGAUCGGCUUGCUGGUGCUGAAGAACUUCGAGCAACGUCUCCACGAGCAGCUCCUCUGGUGGGUGGCGCUUGGCGUCUACGCGGCCUGCACCAUCUUCGCGAUCAUGUACAAUCUCAUGCAUCCGGACUAUCCAUGACGCGAGGUCAGCUUCGCGUACGGCCAACCGCGAAAUUCGUAACGCGAAGCUGACUAAUACAUACCACUGCGUAACAACGUCGAACUAACGAAGAGAGCACGGUGAACAAGGAAACGGAGGAGGGAGAAGUUCCGAGUGAUGGAGAGAACGGUGAAAACCUGUUCUCCAACCUCGAAGAAGAAGGAAAAGAUUUUGCCGAAAUUAGAAGAGGAAACGGAAGAUGGGGAGUGAUCUUGUGACAGAAAGGAGCCUCUGUGUUUCCGGUUUCACUGCUGAGGAAGAUAUUUAAAAAAAAAAAAAAAAUGAACGAAAGUCGAAGAACAUUGCAGCUCGGUUUUUCGAAGUGUAUGACGAAGUGAAGUUUGUCGAAUCGAAUCGACGAAGAAGUUGGACGAUUCGUUGUUCGUGGAACUGAAGGUUCGCGUAAAGGAAUGGGUAAUCGUUCUUUUCGAUAAAUUCGACUCGGGGAGUUUGCCUUCGGAAUGGAAUUCGCGAAAUGAGCGUGACGUCAGACUUUUCGGAUGAACUGUUGAAGCAAAUCGUUAGGGAACGGGACUAUGAUUAAAAAAGUUGAGGAAAAAAAAGAGGGAGAGAGAGAGAGAGAGAGAAAUAAUUUUCUAAUCACUGGCACUUGCGUAAGAGGAGAUUUUUAAAAGUAUAUUAAAGUCGAAAGGAAGUCGAAGAAUGAAUAUUUUAGCUACUUUGAUCGAACUUAGUUAUCAGUACAAAUUGAAAGAACAAAAGGGAAACGAGGAUAGGCCCCUGGAGCCAUAUUAUGUCGACACUCGUUGAAUGUUGCGAGCUUGGACUGAACGAAAACGAGAAAAAACGAAACAAGAAACCGAGAAACAACCAAUUCCACGCCGAUUUGCUAAUUAUAAAUUUUCACAAGAUAUCUCUCCAUCUUCGGAGAGAUAGAUUUCGACUCGGUAAUUACUUUUGUACUCCCGCCUCCCUCGUUAAAACAGAUUCAACAUUCGAAAUUUCAACGAGACAGAACGAAAGUCGAUAGGAACGAAAUAUCGGAGCCAAAAAUUUCUUUCUCACACACGUAUACGUCGUGGUUCGCGUCGACUCCACGCGUCUUCUCCGAAUCAAGGAUUCCUACCAUGAAGAGCAAACGGAUCAACCAGAAGGUGGUAAUAAAAAGGUGGAGAAAUUUUAAUGGCGCGAUCGAUCCCUUCCCUUCCCUUCCCUACUUCCCGGUGUGCGUGUGUGCGCGCGCGAGAAACCAAAGAUUCGAGAUACCUCCGGGAAUCCGUUCGCACGGGACCCAAAAUGUCGAUCGAAGUACGAGAUUCACGAGCAGAGGAAAAAGUGAAAAGAAAUUGGAGAAAAAGAGAUGAAGAAAAAAGGGGAAAAUCUUCGUUUAGAGGAUUCGUUUCAGAAGGGAAGUGGAACGAGAGAGAGAGAGAGAGAGAGAGAGAGAGAUGCAUAGGAGGGGACACGAUUCUUCUUUCCGGAUUAUUUUCUCGCUUAUCGGCCGCUUUCGUGGCAACGAAGAAAACCAAAGAAUCCUGGCCAGAACACCCUUUGUCCUUUUCAAUUUCACCUCGAAGAACGAAGACGGACGACAAGCGGAGAACGACGGAGAUAGAGGCGGAAAGAUGUUCCGGGUGAAUCCUCGGCGAUGUCGAAGGAAACAAGGUGUCCAAGAUACAAGAGAACCGAGGGAAAACGAUCGAUCGUCUCUCUGGUCACAAGGAAAACGAAAGAAGAAUGGCCUUUUCGUCGCUGUUCGAGAAUCGAUCUUGGCGACAGACGCCGGGAAGGAUCGUCGUGCAAAUAGAGAGAAAGAAAAAGAAAGAAAGAAUGAAAGAAAAACGAGAAGAUUAAAGGAUCGAACGUCUUCUACUGGUAAUUCUCUUCUAACCAGGGAUCGUGAUAAUUUGCCUCGGGUCGCUAAGAAAAUACUCGAGAAAGGAGAACGGUUUCGUUUUGUCUCGCCUGCGUUCGUUCGCGAAGCAUUAAUCCGACGAGCAUGGAGCAGCAUUAAUGACUGUUCAUUUAUGAGUGAAAGAAUUGGACAAAUUAGUAAUUAAAUGGGCGAGGAUUGUUGAGAGUAUUAGAAGUCGUACUGAUCAAUUUCGAAUUUUUCAUUAAUUUUUCAUUAAUUUUUCUAACUGUAUUAUCAAUUCUUUAUAUCGAAUGCCUGAAGUCGAUCUUCCUUUUCAUCUUUCGUUCCAUUUUUGAGAAAUGUGUUCACCACGACUUACUCUCGCGAAUUAUAUUUGUCACACAUUGUAAGGUAUAUUUCGAAAAAAGUGUAUAAUAUUUGUAAUUGUCACGUUUCGUAUAUUUAUAGAGUUGAUCAAGUAAGGUUCCUAAACGUCUCGACUAUUACUAAAAAAAAAAAAAAAAAAAAAAAAUCCUGACAAACAAAUGUCCUUGAUGAAUCAAUCGACAAACGAACAACAACAAUUUGAAACGAAGAAACGAUGUAGCAACAUCAAGGAACAAAGUACUUGGAAUUCGUUUGAAACACGCGCGUCUCGAGGCGCGAAAUUCAAACAGCGAGCGUCGCCUUUCGGUUAUCUUUAGGGCAUUUACGUAAUUGUCGCAAUUGUCACGCGAGAUGCGUUUAAAAAAAAAAAAAAAAAAAAAAAGUUGAACGGACGUCCACAAUUAUCACUACAAGGCGUGAUCAAGAUGUGAUCGAAGCGGAUCUCCUCCAGCUUGUUUGCGGCCGAACGAGCGAUCGAUCCGCGCUCCAACCUGUAUACCAUUGUAAAUAAUUCUGUACAUAAUCAAACCGACGGGCAUCCCCAUCGUGAGUACGAGCGAGUAUGUAAGUGUGCGUGUGCGCGAGAAACGAAUACGGGAAUAUAAUGUUAAGCGCGUUGAACCGACAGGAAUCUCGGUUGACUGCGUGGUCUAGUCUGAUAAUCGCGAGAUUGUGUGGCUGCUGAUGUGAAACGAAAGAACGAAAGAGGAGAGAGACAAAGAAGGAACGAAUAUGUAUCUAGUGUUUUAAAUUCCAUGUUUCGCGAUGUGCAACACGAUUUUCUUUGGAAAAUUUGCUCGAGGAGAAAGUUGUCCCAGAGGUUUGCGUAAAACUCUUGGAGCAACUGUCUCGAUCUUUGUCAACCUUUUCGCAUCUCUGUUGCGUAUUGUAAUUUGUUAGCAUAAAGAUCGUCGUCGAUCUUGGAGAACGAACAUUCUCGUCCGAGAGGAAUUUUCGAUGAGUGAGAGCGAAUGAGACAGAAAAUUUUCGUUUCGAAAGAAAGUUAAAAUAAUUUGAAGGAAAAAAUUGUCAGAAUUUUCACGAGUUCUUCAUAUAAAGCAGAUGUGUUCAUUCUAUAAAGGUCCAUUUGUAAUAGGUAAAAAUUGCGUAUAGUUUGUAAGGUGGUUACGUUUUGUUCGGCUAGGUGUGUCGCGGAUUGUUCAGAGGCGCGUGUUUUUUGUCACGUUUUUUCCUUAACUUAUUUGCUUAUUCUCGCGUUGUUCGUCGCGCGUAUAUUCCUAGUUAAUACGAAGAUGCUUAUAUUUAUUGACACUUUCUCGUCGAUAAAAGUGUGUGUCGGGUCGAUUUCGUCGCGACUUGAGUUCCCUCGAGUCCGCUCCAUUCGUUAAUCCACACAUCCCCUUUUCCUCUUCUUUCUUAUUCGUAUUAUCAGUCAACUCCUCACGCGCGCAGGAAAAUUGUCAAUUUAUUUUUGUUUCUCAAUCGUGAUCAGUUAUUUUCUCAUUUAAUUUCGCAAACGUACGAGGACCUGGAGCGAAAAGCAGAACAAGUCUGAAGAAAUUCUCGUUGUCGAUCAAGUUUUCCAUUGAAACUAUUUGAUUUUCAGAUUAAAUCUAUUUAUCAUUGUCUCGUACAGUGAAGAAGAAUUAACGAUAUCAUUUGCGUAGUGUAAUGUUAAUCGAGUUAAAUUAUCAUAAUAACUGCCAUUGUUUAUUUCCAAAAAAAUUUGCAUUCUCGAACUUUAUUUUAACACAAUUCCUUUCAGUCACCAAAAGUGACGCAAAAGUUACAAAAUUAACAUUUAGAUUAGACCUGUCAUGAUUUUCCCUUAUAAUCUUCGUACGUGAUUCAGAGUGUUCGUAAAUUUCGGACGGUGAGGUAUUAAUAAGUAAAUAUCGGUAAUCAUUGCCUCGUGACACAGUUUCCUUUGGUUCGCGAAAACGAGUCGCGAGAUAAAUAGCGCGAGAGGAUGAAAGAGGAGGGAAUUCGUACCAAAAAAGUCGAUGGCGAAAAGGCGAACGAGUUCAAACCGAGAGUGAUUAACGAUGCUAGUCAAUUAGUAGCGACAGCAGGCAGGCAGCUAAGGCAUUAAGACAUUGUCGGAAAACAGUUUUUCUUUUUCUCUUUCUCUCGCUUCCGCUUUGAAAACGGCGAGACGCGGCUCGAAAAUCUAUUUCGUAAACAUGUCGUAGCGAUUCGUUUGUUAUUAAGAUUUCUUACGUGCCUCUUUCUUGAUUGGUCUAACAUACGUGAAUUGAUCAUGGCGUUAAAACUCAUAAAAAUUAAACUUUUACUACACAAUUUACUCCAACAAUUUCUACCUAAAACACCUUUCAUUAAAAUUAUCGAAACACGUCGUAUCAUCAAUUCUCGUUCAUCAAGGAUUAAGCGAUAAUUCAUCAUUAAUAAAAUCAAUUUCAUAAAAUUACAAAGUACUGGUUAAUAACGACAAUGAAUAAACGUAACGAUGAGAAAAUAUUCCGCAAAUCCUUUCCUUUCGUAGUGUAUUUUAUUAAAAAAUAAAAUUUGGAAUGAAAUAUUGCGUUGACACCGAGAUUACCAACAAUUGAAAUACAAAACUAAAAGAUAAGAUUCAUAACGCAAUGAGGAAUGUGAAAGAAAAAAAGAUCAGUCAAAUCUCUAAAAAUGAAUGCACCACAGUUGGUCUGCGAAAAUUCUACGAAAGAUUACCAAUCGUUGAAAUUGGUCGAUUUCAAUCACUCCGAUAAUUCUAAUGUCAAAACAAGAUAACGUUGGCUCUCAGUGGGUUAAACGCUAAUAUAGUUCUAUUAAUUAUAAUAAUAGCGUCAGCUAACCCCGAGCUCGCUAAUUUAUUCAUUUAAAAGAGCCGCCGAAAAUGUUACCGCGUGGCAAACAGAAAAAUUUCAGAUUAGCCUAAACUCUGCCAGGCAUUAAUUAACACGUGACGACGAGAGGUUUGCACACAGUCACGCACAGACUGUGUCCUAUUCGUUAAAUUAUUGCGCCACUUACAUUGUUAGAAGGUAAAAGAAGAACUUUGUUCAAAUCGAAGAAGUGCUCAAGUGUCGAACUUGCAAUUAGUAUCGAUUAAUUCGAUUCCCCUUGUUUUUCUCCCUCCUAUCCCCUCCAACAAAACCAAGGCUGACCAUCAUGAUCAUCAUGCAAUUUUGCGUUUUAUUUAUUUAUUUAUUUAUUUAUUUAUUUAUUUAUUUAUUCAUUACUCCGUUCUACCGAGCGAUCGAACCAAGCGAGAUUUACAUGAGAGAGAAUCCAAGGUUAAAUGCAACGGAGGUUAUCUGUUAUAACGGCAGGCUAACCCAACCCCCACAAGUCUCCGUUUUCGUUUCGUUCUCGACACUUGAGCGGCUUUCGGUUCGCGUACCUCGAAAUUCGUAGCAACGUGCUACACGCGCGUGCGCGCGCGCCAAGGCUAGUAUUAAUUCUUGUUUAAUUCCUAUUAGCGUUGCUGGGCAUUGUCUGUUUCGAAUUCUGCUUUUAAUUGAUACGAUGCUGCGCCUCCUCGAACGCGGGCGCGCGCCACUCGGAUAACGGAAUAGCGGCAUCAGUCAUUUCGAGGAGGGGAUCAUCCUGCUCGUUUCGUCGAAUAAUUAACGAGCAGAAUUGGAGAAUCUUCCUUUCUCCUUCGUUCUGGCUCCGCGAGAGAGAUUUAGCUUUUAAGUUCAUCUUCUGUCUUUUUUUCUUUCUUUCUUUCUUUCUUUCUUUCUUUCUUUCUUUCUUUCCUUCCUUCCGAUGGACUCGACGUUUCCGACGAGCCAACCAAGAAAAAAAAAAAACGAUUGUACCUUCCGCGAACAACGUCCACUUUCUGUACCGCUGUGUUUUUAACACGAACACAUUUUUUUUUUUUUUUUUU